AUAGAAUGUUGUGUUAAUAUACUCUUUAUUAGUCGAAUAAUUAUGUGAGAUGAUUUGAUAUUAUGUAUUUGCUUCAGUUGUAUCUUUCGAAAAAUGCUUCGCUAUACUGAUCUUAUAUCCAGAAAACCACUCACUUUCACUGUUUUUAUAUCUAAAAGACUUGAAUGUAGCUUGGGAUAGCUACUCGGACGGUUUUCAAGACUCGCCUUUUUUUUAAUCAUACAAAUAUUAUAUGAAACUAGAUCAUUAGAUUAUAAAAAAUAACUUAAAAUGUGAACAAAACAAUUGAUAAAGAUAAAUAAGUUAUAAGUUUGUUUUAGUAACAAUAGUUUACAUUACAUUACAGUUACACAGCACAGCACUACUUCGCGGUGGCGGCGGGUUUUGUUGAGGUUAGUGAAAUAAUUACGAAAAAAAAUGUUUUAAAGUAUGUUUUUAGCUAAAACAAUCAACAAACAAGCUUUAAAUAGAAUCAUGGCAAACUAAUACAUCUUUGUGUUAUGUUAAACCACUUCUGUUCAUUCAAUUUGACGCUAAAUUAUAGGACGCGUUAGUUGACAUUUUUCUGUGCUAAGUUUGUUUCGCCUGAUAAAGUUAUCAAUAACAAGAAUACCAAUAGGCACUAUGUUUUUGUAUUAGUUUUAUAUAAUCUGGUAAAAGUUACUUAACAUUUUAUGGUUUCGAAGUUAAGACUACUUGAUACUUUUCUAUUUAUAGCCGAUUCACAUGUAACCUCUUUCGAUUUAGGCGGGAGAAUGGUGUUGGCAAAGGGCCUGAGGCCACUACAGGUGGUCUCUGUAAUAAUAUUUGUGAGAAUUCUGUCUGUAUUCCUGGUUCAAACGUGGUAUGUGCCUGACGAGUACUGGCAAACUUUGGAAGUGGCACACAAACAAGUGUUUGGCUAUGGAGCCUUGACUUGGGAAUGGCAGCAAGGCAUCAGAAGCUACCUAUACCCAAGUGUAGUAGCUGGACUUUACACCGUUCUAAAAUAUACUGGACUGGACUAUCCUGAGGCUCUGAUUCUCCUGCCUCGCAUCCUGCAAGCCGUUAUCAGUGCUGCAGCUGAUUAUAGUUUCUACAAAUGGACCGGCAACCGAAAAUGGGCCUUGUUCCUGAUACUGACAGCAUGGUUCUGGUUCUACACUUCAGGUAGAACAUUACUGCAGACUUUGGAGACUUCUCUUGUUGCUAUUGCUUUGUCUGAGUUCCCAUUCAAAGGUGGAAAAUUGGGACACUAUGAACAAGAGAGUCCAAAGUGGAUAUGGCUGGCAGUGCUGUGCGUUUUCUUGCGGCCGACAUCUGCACCCCUGUGGGCUGUACUCGGGGCUUAUAACUUGCUAACCACCAACCAGAACCGACUGAAGCUUCUUGUACGCACCUAUGUGCCUAUUGCUUUGAUCUGUGGUGGUGCCCUCGUAGCAUUGGACUCGUACUACUACGGCCGCCUUAUCGUCACCCCGUGGGAGUUCUUCAGAUUCAAUGUACUACACGACAUCGCGUCCUUCUACGGACAACAUCCAUGGCACUGGUAUCUGACCCAAGGUAUUCCAGCUGUUUUGGGUAUCAAUCUGGUUCCUGUUCUAUGGGCAACUGUAAGAAUAUUGCGACGACCAAAGGAGAACAAAAUCGGAAGCUUGCUUCUAGCCGCCGUCGCUUUAUAUGUAGCUGUAUACAGCUUCAUUCCACACAAGGAGUUUAGAUUUGUGUUGCCGCUGCUGCCAAUAUUCCUGUAUUUGGCUCAAGAUGUGAUUGUACCCUGGAGCAGGAAGGCUACAAAAUUGCACCUGUACUUGUUGGCUGGAUCAAUCCUGGUGGGUAACGCAGUGCCGGCGGCGUACUUCGGCGUGGUGCACCAGGCCGGGACCCUGCAGGCCAUGCCCCUCCUCCGAGAGGCCGCCAACAACAGGAGUUCUAUCACCUUCCUCAUGCCAUGCCAUUCUACGCCUCUCUACAGUCACCUGCACCUGAACAUAACGACCCGGUACCUGAGUUGUGACCCCCCGCUGAACCGGACGGGCACGACGUACGAGGCAGAGGCAUUCUUCAACAACCCGCUGCGCUGGUGGCGCCAGGAGACCACACUGCGCCAGGCGCCCGACCUGCUCGUACUCUUCGACCGCCUCAAGGGACGCGUCGAGAGUAUACUCGCCGGGUACAACUUGUUGCACCAGAUCCCGCAUACACAGUUCCCCGAAGGCGAAGUCGGCGAAAACGUAUUGAUAUACCAAAAAGCGAACACUCCACCCAAAGUAGCUGCAGAUGACGUCGUCUAACUCCCUACGGAUAACACCCCGCGUUCAUGUUAGUAAACCCAAUUCUAUAACAACGUAUUACACAAAGACUGCACACAGUUAUGAGUCUUACUGGUAAACGAAUAAGGAUCAUAACAGUGCGAGGCCGGUUAUAUGCAUAGACUGUUUCAAUGAUAGUAAAGAAAUCAUGUUAAGUUUUAACAGACAUAGUAUAGAGUGCCAAAACCCAGGUGUCAGAUUUUUGAUAACUUGGACAUUGGGCCAUUGCAGCAUUUACGUGUUGCAACAAGGCUUUUUGGACGUUUUGUGUCGAUGAAAACAAUUAUUUUAAUUUCCGGGUACAGUGUAAAGAAGUAUCUACAGCUACGCAAGCAAGUCUAUGUUUAUAAACAGUAAGUAGUUGGUAUACAACCUCCUCUAACGAUGCUAUAGCAAAGCAUUUUCGAACUUUUGACGACUCACGAUUUUUAUUCUAAUUUUAUUGACUCGAAUUAUAAUUCGGAUAUAAGUAAAUAAUUGGAUUUUGGUAUUAAAUUAAAUUUUAAUUAUUAUUUUAAUAUGGGAAUGUUACCCAUAAAAUGUGUUCGGAAUAGAAAAUUUACAAUUUAUAUUGUAUUUUAUACGUAAUUGUAAACUUAUACAAAUUAUAUAAUAGUAUAUUGUACAUUAAUAGUUAUAUUAACACAGAUUCCACCGCCACAUUCAUUAACAAAAAUUUAAUACAAACACAUUUUCGAUAUGACUACUUUACGUACAUAUCUAUGGCAUGUAAAAUUAUUUUAGCAUAUAAUAUAUAUUGAAACAAAUAUGUUAUGACACACCAACUUUGCCAUCUGUUUAAGAAAAGGAUAAAUAUUGAUUUAUGUAAUGAGUAGGUAUGGGUAAUGUAGUCAUAUAAGAAACAUUGCAGAAAUAUGAAAUUUGAACACGGUAUUGUAUCCCUCCCCCAAUCCCCAAUCCCUAAUUCCCAAUCCCCAAAAGGUCGGAAACGCACAGGAAAACCCCUAGUGUGCGAUCUGAAUCGCAUACUGUCACAUGAUUCAUGUUCUCGAAAACCGACCUUCCAUAAAAAUAAAUGUGUUUCGAAACAAUAUCGUAAAAGCAGUCUGCCCACUACCCACUAUAUCCAUGACUGAUAUUUGCAGAAUGCAAGUACAAAUAGUAAACAUUUUUAUGUAAUUUAUAUGCUUGCCAAAGUUAUUCAUAACGUGUAAUAAUACUAACAUCUUUUGUGCUAUGCCCGACUAAAAAUAUACAAAUAUUUUAAUACUAAACUUGUUUAUUUAUUGUUUUCGAGAUUCCUACUUUUCAUGGUAUUUAAUGUCCUGUACAAUAUAUAAUUUAAUGUGUUGCCGAAAAAUAACAUGUAUGCCUUAUACACUUGUUAUUGUUCCUUAAAUAAAUCAGCUCUUGUUAAUUAUGCAUUAAUAGUAUUUUUCCUAAGAGUAAUGGCGAGUAUGUUGUAAGAAAUACCUCUGACACUUGCCUGUUUGAUUUACCUCAUUAAUUUAAGGCCAGAUCACACCUUCCACUGCCAGAACAGUUGGCUCUUGUCUCCCAUCUUUAUAUUUUUAGUCGGGCCCAUAUUUAUUUUGUUAGACAGUUUUUGUUUUUCAUCAGACAUUAUUAAGGAAAUCAAAGCAUCCACCGAGAAAAGGUCGUUUUAGAUUUAAGACUUAUCACCAUCAAGAGAAGGUGUGUAAUUUCGGUUUCUUAUAUGCAUUUUGUGCAUGCUUCCCAAAAUGUGCAAUAGAAAUCUCACUUCAAGUAUAAUUUAAUACCUACUUACAUAUUAAUGAAAACUUGCUAUGUUGCCUUUGCUUGGAGCGGGCAUUAUAACAUAAAAUGAUUUUUAAUACCUGGACCUUUUACAUUAGUAAAUUUAUUUAAUGUUUUACGGAUUUUAAAUGCAAUAAAUUAUAAGAUUUCUUUUUUUAACGUAAAUGUAAUUUUAAUGUAAGAAUAUUUUAUUAUGUAUUUUAGUGAUGCUCAAAAUGUAAAGACAGACAAGUAUUUUAAGAUCUCUUUGUCUUUAAUAUUAUUUUAACAUUGUCCAGUUGCUGUAUCUUUUUUGUUGUUUUAUUUCUACCAUUCAUACAGUACUUUGGGUUCUGAAAGCUAUCGCAAAACCUUCAUGAAGACUAAUUAUUAAAUAUUUAGAUGUAGAAAAAAAGAGUGUCUUAGAGAUGUUAUUUCAACGUAGACAUAGAACAACAACUUAAGUACGGGAACGUAAUGCAUUUCAAAAUAUACAACAAUUUUAAUUUAAUGUGCUGGAUAUUGAUGUCUUGUUCAAAGGCUUGAAUUGUAAACUGACCAUAUUUUUUACUGCUUUGUGUGGAAAUAGAUAUUUGAAAACAAAACUUUUUCCUGCGAAAAUGGGCAGAAAUGCGCGAACUCAAAAUGAAGUUGUCCAAAAGAAAGUUCGUGUGAACACCAAUCGAAAGCGAACAUCAUCUGGGUAAUCAGAAUAAAAUUAUUUUGACACUGAAAUAUCUCUAUUUCAACAUGUUCCACACAAAGCACUAUGUAUGAUUGUGUAAAAAGCAUUAUUUGAGCAAUAUUCUAAGACCUAGGUGAUUAGGUAAAUAGGUUGUUUUCGUAUUUAAGUUAAGAACAGAAUGUCUUCUAUACAGAUGUCGAGUGUGAGUUUUGAAUAAAGAUUUUAUUUUUAA